UGAUUAUUGGCAUUCUGUUUUUAUUCACAGUUUAUGGAAGCUGUAGAAGCAAAAUCAUCUUCUUCAUCUGGGUAUGGUUCUAUGGUAAGCGUCCAUGGGUAUUUAGAGGAAGUGCCUUGUAUUAACUCCAUCUUGUGAAGGCAGAGAAAGCUAGAAGAUACAUUCCAAGAGAAUUCAAAUUGGCUGAAGCUUUUGGAAACACUUUGGGUGGCUUCUUUCUAGCUAGCUAUGAGGACAGUCCCGCCGGUGUCUUUGACGAGACCAUGGAAGCUAGUUUGGAGGGCCAAAGCUAUCUAGAUUUUCCUAUAACACAAAUGGUGUAUGAGCAACUUUGGGUAGAAAAAUAUGCACCAAAAUCAUUUACUGAGCUUCUUAGUGAUGAACAAACAAAUCGUGAGGUACUCUUAUGGUUGAAACAAUGGGACUCUGCUGUUUUUGGAUCUGAAAUUCGAAGUACAUCGAAUGAUGUUUUGUUUGCUUUGAAAGCGACAUUUUUCAGUUGCCCAAACUCAGCGACCUUUCAAUUCAAAGUUUUCAAGGACAAACAGAGGAGCCAAAUGGAGUAGUGGGAGGUAUAAAAAUUCAAGAAGUAUGGAUGAAGGUAGUAACUCACAGGGCAUUGAGGAUAUACUGAAUACAAGGACAACCAAUGUUGGUCCACCAGAACAGAAGGCUCAACCAGUGAAUGUUCCAACUAGUUUUAAGCAGAGGGCAAUGGUAGUGGAUGAGAUUUGGCAUGCUGCAGGUGACAAUGCUUCUGAUAUUGAUUGGUAUGCCAAGCGCACUGUCCUGGCAGGAAUAUACUCGACAACCGAGAUUUAUAUGCUGACAGAUACAUCUCCUGACUUCCAUGAUACAAUGGCCUUCCUGGAUGCUCGAGUGAAAGAUGCUUUUGAUCUAAAGAAAACCAUUCAAGAGCUCCACCAAACAUUGCUGGGAAUCAUUCUGAGAAGGGGAUAUGUACUUGUUGGGCACAAGGUUGUAAGAAAAAUAUAA